GACAUCACACGCGCUCUUCCUGUCUAGGAGGCCCAAGAAGCACAAAUCUUCAUCAUUUUGGGCCCACUCACACAUAGCUACUUCAACAACACUAAGAGACAUAUCAUCUGAGGCUUGAAGUGCUGGAUGAUGCGAUGCUCGACGACGUGGACGACUCAGCCUCGUCGGCAGCGGCCUUAUCAAGCAACAGUGACGCCUGGUGUCUUCCUCGCCUGCUGCUGCUGUUGCUGCUGGUGGUGAGGGAGUAUAUGGUGUAGGAGUACAGGAGGGCCCCACACGUCGACACAACAAUGCCUGGACAAGAAGACAUUAGGACAAGAGACACGAGGGGAGGGACGGGGCGAACCCACCUGAUGUAAAGGAGGGCGUGAGAGCGAUGUCUGGGAAAAGCAUCACGCCAAGCACAUCACAUAUGGUGUUCUUGAAGUUGCUGAGGGUCACAUGCAGCACACAGAGAGCAAAAAAGAGUCAAAAAAUAGAGCAAUCCUCCUCUCGUCCCCCACCUGCACACUCCCACAGUCAUGGCGCUGGUAUGAUUUGUCGCCAUGAAGUGGAAGUAAUUCAGCGUCGCUGCCAGCACGGAGUUGACAGCCGCACAUGUCAGGAAGAACGGGGACGUCAGGUCUUUGUAGCUCAUGACCGUCUCGUAUUCCCCAGCCAGCAGCACCCACACGCCGAGGUAGAAAGACAUCCCGCACGACUGGUAGAAGAGGAGGCUCCACUCAUUGUCAUGGCCCCUCGAGAGCUCACGCUUGCUGAUGACGCUGUACCACGAUCCCGAGAUCACACCCAUCAGAAUCAAGGUCACGCCAAUGGCCGAGAAGAACAUGUCUCCCCUGCAAUAGACGGAUGGAGACAGCAGAUUCUUCUUGCGGCGGCCUUUUUUUCCUUUGUGGCCCACCAGGCUGCCAGCAGUGCCCCAGCGGUCAUGAUGACGGCAGCAAAGACCACGCCCCAGGAAGGAAUGCGGCCGAAGACCCAAUACUCACAGGGCAUGGUGAAGAGGCAACUCAGACGAAGAAGGGCUGAAUGCAUCGGCACAUUCAAGUAUCUGACCAUAGUAACAAGUAGACGUCUUUGCACACUUCAGGUGCCACGAUUCUUACUUGAGUGACGACAGUCCACAGAAAAUGCGCAGCACGCUUAUGAGCGACAUUUCCAUGAGCUGCCACUGCCGAUGAAGCGUCAAGGGGGGAAGAGUUAUCCACCCCAGCCAGCCGAACCGCCGAACAACCACAGCAGUGAGGAGCUGCUGGGCCAGACAAAGCGCUCCCGCCGCAUGGAAGUGAGCCGUUGAGAAAAUGGCCUUGUUGAAGGUCGUCUGCACAUCAAACAUUACUGCAUUCAUUCAUCCCUGAACAGGACACACAGACACGACGAUGAAUGGCCCCAUGUCUCCCCUAUCCUCUCUCUCUCUCUCUCUCUCUCUCUCUCUUGCGUAAGUACCUGAUGCAGAUUGUGCGUGCACGCAUAGCUCCACCCAAUGCAAUGCGUGCACGCACCAGGCCAACGGAGGUCGCCAUGUACGCGGCACAAGCGCCACACGCCGGCCCGACAUGCCGGAACUCCUCUGGGUGGGUCGGGGGAGGCCCUCUUCGUGCAGCUGCGCCCUGCCUCACAUGGGCACUCUGCACACAUUGGCAGCACUGCAUGCAUAGUGGCUCUUUCUGUCCUCUGCAUUGCAAAAUGGGCGCACCUUGCGGAUGUCGUGGAGGAACCCCACAUCGCUCGCCAGCAGGGGCGACCCUUCGAAACGAGGUCUACGAGCAGCCGUGUUCAUCCCGCUCAUCCUUUC